CUUGGAGCCAGAAGCGCGAGGAGGAAACUUCGGCUCUGAUCUAGCGCCGCCCUUCGUCUUCUCCUGGUCAUGCCUCUCGUCUUCCUCUCCUCCUCCGCCCCCUCGAACCCCAGCCUCUCUGCCAGUCUGCCCUUGCUGUAGCGUCAUUCCUCUGCUUUUGUUUCUUCACUGGCCAUAAACCCCUGCCACCCAGCCCCUCUGCCCCUCUCCCUGCAACUACCAACAUGCAUCCAUACGUCGUUAUUUCUCCAGCCGUGCGUCUUCUAACUCACUAUCCUGCCUGCUCCUCCCUUUUCUGCUACGUCUGCACUUCCGUCAUGCGUCUAGGCUUUCCGCGAGCUCGCCGAGCACUUCAUCUCGCAAGGCAUGCACGUCGACUACCCGCCGCAGAUGCGUGGACGCGGGAUCAAGGAGGUCGACACCGACAAGCCGUUUGUCCCGAUCCGUCUCCUGAUCCCGCACAAGACAUGCGGCGCCAUCAUUGGGCAGAAGAGUGAAACGCUGAUCAACACGCGCGUAAACUGCGCGGCGAGGCGUGUGUACGUGUACCGUGAGCGCAUCUCCGAGAGCCGUGAGCGCGUGGUAGAGAUCGUGGGCACGCCGAGCUCGGUAGAGCGCGUGAUCCAGGUGAUCGGCAACCAGGUGCGGCGCACUUUGACCAGCGACCAGCAAGAGUCGCAGCCGUACAAGCCGGAGCGCGACGGGCUGCGCAAGUUCCUUGCAAAGCAGGGAGUGCCGCGGAACCGCGUGAGUCUGGAGCCGAUCAAGACAGAUGAGCGGUCGUCGCGGAGGCGGCGCAGCCGGUCAUCGCGCUCGCCGUCGUCGUCGGCGUCAUCGCGGUCGAGCUCGAAUGACAGCCGGUCGCGCAGCCGGCACCGGCACCGAUCGCGGCGGCACCGCAGGCGGUCGCACACGCGGUCCAAGUCGCGGCGCAGCCGGCACCGCAGCCGGCGGAGCAGCCGGCGGUCGAAGCGCACGAGCCGGAGCCGCAGCGAGAGCCGCAGUGCGAGCCGCAGCGAGAGCGAGAGUAGGAGCCGGAGCCGCCGGCGCAGCUCACGGCAUCGCGGCUUGCGCAAGAGCGAGGAUGCGCGGAAGCGCAAUGGGUCGGUGACAGGCAGGUCGCGGCCGAUCAAGCAGGACUCGGAGGGCAGUGGGAAGGCGGAGAACGGGGCCAGACGGCUCUCGAAUGCGACGGUGAGGUCAGUGCUGGCGAGGUGUCCUCGCCCGGUGGAGCUUCUGGGUGGGGGGAGAGCGAUAGGCAGGAUGACGUGGAGCCUGGGGAGAAGAAUGGCAACACUGGUGAUGAUUGGGCCUCGGAGCGCAGUGGGUUUGCUGAUGGUGGCUCGUGGUAAAUGAAAUGUGCUGGUCCCCGACGGGCUGCUUUACUCCUCAGGAUCCGUUCGGUGCAUAAUGCACAGCAUGGUGGUUCAGCACCUCUUUUUCCAUAC